AAUCAAAAAAAGUUUUGGAAAUAAUAAUGAUGCUUGUACAACAUUGUGAAUGAAAUUAAUGCCACCAAACUGUACACCUAAAGUGGUUAAAAUGGCAAAUUUUGUUAUAUAUAUGUUACUGCAAUUAAACAUUUUUUAAAGAUGGUAAAUGAAUUAAUGAAUUCAAUGUGAAUCCAAUAGGUUUACAAUACGCAUUGGGUUUUUCUGUGAAAGUAUUAGCUAACCUGGUUGAGGAAUGAAUAAUGUGAUGGUUGCUUUCAGCAAUUCAAAAGGAGACAUGUUUAACUUCUAGUUAUAUUUUUAGAACUGAAUUAUUGGGGCAGAGGAGGAUUGUGGGAAUAGGGAAAGACAGUUUAUAAGAGGAGCCGAAAUAACACUAAACAUGGAAAUGAAACAAGGCAGAGGAAUUGUGCUUAUGGAAGCUCUUCUCAGGAGUAUUGCUAUUUGUGGAUGAAAGAAAUCCUCAGAGUUGUCACUUAAGUGUUGGAAAACCUUGAACAGACAAUCGUCCCCAAUUGUGGAUCACUGGAAAGUCAGCAUGAUUUUCGAACCCCGGAGUUUGAAGAAUUUAAUGGAAAAUCUGACUCCCUCUUUUUUAAUGAUGGCCAGCGAAGAAUUGACUUUGUUCUAGUGUAUGAAGAUGAAAGUAAAAAAAAAGAGACCAAUAAAAAGGGUACAAAUGAAAAACAAAGGAGAAAAAGACAAGCAUAUGAAUCUAACCUUAUUUGUCAUGGCCUGCAUCUAGAAGCAACAAGAUCAGUUUUGGAUGACAAGCUUGUAUUUGUAAAAGUACAUGCGCCGUGGGAGGUGUUAUGUACGUAUGCUGAGAUAAUGCACAUCAAAUUGCCUCUGAAACCCAAUGAUCUGAAAACCCGGGGCUCAGCCUUUGGUAGACUCAAUUGGUUUACCAAAUUCCUCAGUGUGGACGAAAGUAUCAUCAAGCCAGAACAAGAGUUUUUCACUGCCCCAUUUGAGAAGAACCGGUUGAAUGAUUUUUACAUUGUUGAUAGAGAUACCUUCUUCAAUCCAGCCACCAGAAGCCGCAUUGUUUACUUCAUCCUCUCUCGGGUCAAGUAUCAAGUGAUGAACAAUGUUAACAAGUUUGGGAUUAACAGACUUGUAAGCUCUGGGAUCUACAAGGCAGCUUUCCCUCUCCAUGAUUGCAAAUUCCGCCAUCGAUCGGAGGAUCCCAGCUGCCCUAACGAAAGGUACCUUCUGUACAGGGAGUGGGCGCAUCCUCGAAGCAUAUACAAAAAGCAGCCCUUGGAUCUUAUCAGAAAAUAUUAUGGAGAGAAGAUCGGAAUCUACUUUGCUUGGCUGGGCUAUUACACGCAGAUGCUCCUCCUGGCAGCGAUCGUGGGAGUGGCUUGCUUUCUCUACGGAUAUCUUAAUCAAGAUAACUGUACCUGGAGCAAAGAAGUUUGUAAUCCUGAUAUCGGCGGCAAGAUUAUAAUGUGUCCUCAAUGUGAUAGGCUUUGUCCAUUCUGGAAACUCAAUAUUACUUGCGAGUCCUCAAAGCAAUUGUGCAUCUUUGACAGUUUUGGAACCCUGGUCUUUGCAGUAUUUAUGGGGGUAUGGGUUACCUUGUUUUUGGAGUUUUGGAAGCGGCGCCAGGCAGAACUCGAGUAUGAAUGGGACACUGUUGAGUUACAGCAGGAAGAACAAGCCCGGCCAGAAUAUGAAGCACAGUGUACUCACGUGGUGAUAAAUGAGAUUACUCAGGAAGAAGAGCGCAUUCCCUUUACUACUUGUGGAAAAUGUAUACGGAUAACCCUCUGUGCAAGUGCUGUCUUUUUCUGGAUCCUUUUGAUCAUCGCUUCAGUUAUUGGGAUUAUUGUCUACAGGCUUUCAGUGUUCAUUGUAUUUUCUGCAAAACUUCCCAAGAACCUUAAUGGAACAGACCCAAUCCAGAAGUACCUGACUCCACAGACAGCCACGUCCAUCACUGCUUCCAUCAUCAGCUUCAUUAUCAUCAUGAUUCUGAACAUCAUAUAUGAGAAAGUGGCCAUUAUGAUUACUAACUUUGAACUCCCGAGGACCCAGACUGAUUAUGAGAACAGCUUAACCAUGAAGAUGUUCUUAUUCCAGUUUGUCAACUACUACUCUUCAUGUUUCUACAUAGCAUUCUUUAAGGGCAAAUUUGUAGGCUAUCCAGGAGACCCAGUUUAUUGGUUGGGAAAAUACAGAAAUGAAGAGUGUGACCCAGGUGGCUGUCUUCUUGAACUGACAACUCAGCUGAUAAUAAUCAUGGGAGGAAAAGCAAUCUGGAAUAACAUACAAGAAGUAUUAAUGCCCUGGAUCAUGAAUCUAAUUGGGCGGUUUCACAGAGUUUCAGGAUCAGAAAAGAUAACCCCACGAUGGGAACAGGACUACCAUCUGCAGCCCAUGGGCAAACUGGGAUUAUUUUAUGAAUAUCUUGAAAUGAUUAUUCAGUUUGGGUUCGUCACCUUAUUUGUGGCCUCUUUUCCACUGGCCCCUCUGUUGGCUCUGGUGAACAAUAUAUUGGAAAUAAGAGUGGACGCAUGGAAACUGACCACCCAGUUUAGACGCCUGGUGCCUGAGAAAGCCCAAGACAUUGGAGCGUGGCAGCCCAUCAUGCAAGGAAUAGCAAUUCUGGCUGUGGUGACCAAUGCCAUGAUCAUUGCUUUCACAUCAGACAUGAUCCCCCGCCUGGUGUAUUACUGGUCCUUCUCUGUCCCGCCCUAUGGGGACCAUGCUGACUAUACCAUGCAGGGCUACAUCAACAACACUCUCUCCUACUUCAACAUUGCGGACUUCAAAAACAAAAGCCUGGGAAACCCAUAUGUUGGGCUUGGCGACCAUACUACCUGCAGGUAUCGUGAUUUCCGAUACCCCCCUGGACACCCACAGGAGUAUAAACACAACAUCUACUAUUGGCAUGUGAUUGCAGCCAAGCUGGCUUUUAUCAUUGUCAUGGAGCAUGUCAUCUACUCUGUGAAAUUUAUCAUUUCAUAUGCAAUCCCGGAUGUAUCAAAACUCACGAAGAGCAAGAUCAAGAGAGAGAAAUACCUGACCCAGAAGCUUCUUCACGAGAGUCACCUCAAAGAUAUGACAAAAAAUAUGGGGGUGAUAGCCGAGAGGAUGAUAGAAGUAGUAGAUAACAAUUUACGGCCAAAAUUAGAUUAAGAGCUUUAUGUUCUGAGAAGCACUUUAAGGAAUUUAGCUCUGUCAAAAUAUAUUAUGAAUCACUAAUGAGAAUGUUUAAGUUAAAUCACUAUGGCAAAUAUGAGUCUUAACUAUUGCCAUUUCCGUGCAUAUUAUUUUUCAGUUUUAGCUAGCGAUGCAAGAACAGGAAGAUGUAAAACUUAGAUCAAGAAGGGCAUAAAAUUAAUCACCUGGAAAACCUAAAGUGUUCCUUUUUUGAUAAAUUGGAAUUUUAGUAACACAGGAAGAGUCUCUUCGUGUGCUUAAAAACUGCCCCUUCUAAAGCAGAAUGGAUUUUUUUUUUCCUGUUUGAUUACUUUCCUUUCUUUCUGUUCUCGGGCACAUGAUCUUUAUUUUUAGGCAGAGUUCCAUUUCUUCACUUUGCCAGAUCUGUUCCAGAGCUAUCUUUUCCUUAUAGUACCAUCAUUAAACAUCAGACAUGCUCCCACCUUAAUAGCUUUCCUGUGAUUGAAAAUAGCUAACUUGGAAUUCUCUUUGAAUGAAUGCUGUUAUUAAGAGGAAAAUAGACUCAAAAAUUCAAAAUAUUUAGGUAUAUUAUCACAUACCCCCAGAAAGGGAACCUCAGUUCGUCGGAGGAAAUGCUUUCAGUCUCCUUUUUGGCCUGUCUUUCCAUCUCAAAGAAAUACUCUUAGUGGAUUGGAAUGAAGAUAGCAAGGUUUUGAAGCAUAUUUGUCCUAAUCUACAGUGACACCUUUUAUCUUCCAGGAGCACUCCUAGAAUACCCUGUGCCUAAUCAAUGUUGACUGCUUUGCAGAUCUCGAGGGAAUAAGAUGACAAAAGUAGGGAAGGUUACAGAUUCAAAUAGAACUGUAACUCAUGUUGACCUGGAUAAUUAACUUAUCUCUUCCAAAGAUGUGUCAUUUCUUGGGGGAAAAAUGAUAUCACGUGAUUAAAAUUAUACUUUUAGCAACAUAAUUGUCUGGAAGAGAUAAGCCCAUCGGUUUCCCAGCAGAUGACUUUUAUUCAUCAGACGCAGGAGGUGUACAGUAUUACAAAUCACCAAGCGCCUUCAAGAACGGCUCACUCCAUAGCCAUUGCGGCAUGACGGUGUUGUUACAUGGUCAGGAACAGCAAGUGCCCUAAUUAUGAGCCAUGCUAAUUCUGCUCCUUGUAUGGGGCGUGCCUUCCAUCAGGGAGUCUGCAGGACUUGGCCUAUUUCUAUACGUCCAAGCGGUCAACAUACCAAAGCAUCUGCCAUAGUGAACGUGGCUUCAUCCGCUUAUUCUGGGCCCAGUAACUCGUCCGUAACCGUAUGAUUGCACAAGAGAUGGGAGUAUACCCAGAUUAUUUCUGAUCAGAAAGAGACUCUGGAUCUGACUUGAGCUUCCAGCCUCUUCCAGGGCCAAUCAGGCAGUUAAGGGUAAUAAAGGAAAAUGGUUUGGCCACAGACUGUACCAGUAUCUGGAGAUAACUUCCUGCCGCACUCCUGUCCCAUCACAGAUCUUGCUUGCUCAGCCUAGCAGUCUACUCUGCUUCACUGCCUUUUCAGCGUCAGGCCCUCUGGGAGCUCUGGGGAAGACACGGAGCCAGCACCUCUCCCCCUUGACCGGUGACGGGUCAGUGCUGGGUGCAGGAGGAGGCGGCGGCGGUUUGCAGCCUGUUGGUGCUGGAGGGGCCUCCACCCGCUGGGAUGCUGUUAAGUGCUCAGGUGCCAGAGGAGCCAACCUAUCAGCACCCCAGCAGCUAGGGAAAGUGAACAAUGCCUCAGUAAUCAGGUUUUAGAGUCUUGUUAUCAUAAAGAAGCUUAACUCUAGAUCACAGUUUUAAAUGCCUGCCAUGAAUGUUAUUUAAAAAAAAAAAAAGACAACCUAGUAUUUAUAUAGGAUUCAUCAAAGCAGUAUUUCUGGGCUUUCACAUUGUCCCAGUGGAUCAGGGACAACACUUUGCUAUCUUUCUUAAUCAUGUUAAUGAUGUGGUCAGAGAGUGUUCAGGACAGGCCAUGGAAGGUCUGACUGCGCUGGGAUGGAGAAAUGAAUUUCUUGCUGCUGGAAGAAACCGUUUUUCAUUCGGCACAGCCAAGAUGGGAGUGCCCCGUUCCUUUCCUCGCUCCCCUGUGAUACUGCCCUGGAGGGAGUGUCACUUCCUCUCUAUUUUUACCUCUUUUCUCUGAAGUGUGCGACUAUCUCCUAGUGUUUGAAUUAUGGCAAUUAAUCACUGUUGAUGUCAGCAUGGAAAUGUUUUUACCUUAUCUCCUUAUAUAGAUGAUGGAACUGCAGAAGAAACAUACAUUUAUGUUUUCAUAGCCCCAGCAGAGAGAAUCGUCUUCAUAGUUUAAAAUGUGCUGCUGUGGACAGGAGGGAAAAUAACUCUGCAUUUUUAAAGGCAGCAAAUGUGACGUCUGGCACUGCUAAGAUGCCCAAAAGAAUAAAACAGUAGAGCCCCGGGUCACUCAUGCCGUCCACAGUGUUAAUGUGAGUCCGGGGAUGACUUGUGGUGAGGAACAUGGGGCAGCGUCUGCAGACCACGGCGGCUGCAUCUGUAAGUGGGAGCCGAGGCGGCGGCCCCAGGGAAACCUGUGGCCCCACCAAGGGAGAAUCUGGCCCUCGACCUGUCCAGUGUUAACCACUAAAGAAAUUUUAGCUUUCUGUCUUUUUGUUGUAAUGCCUGUGAAUUUCAGUGAAUUGAAGCGUUAGACCAAAUACUCAGGGGAUUUUUCUUUAAACAUCCCUCAGAUAUUUUAGCUAUGUUAUUAGAAAGGGAAAGCAAUCAUUUUUGUUUCAAAACUAAACAAGGCCGUCUUGUAUACUGACUGUCACCAAAGUGUUCCCUUUUUAAUGCACAUGUGUCUUGGAUUUCAUGAAACAUUAAUUCAACAAGGGGUCAGAAUGUGCUCUUUCAUUGAAACACUCCUUGUGUCAUUUUCUUAUGUCCAUAAGAUGUGUGAGAAGUUAAAAUGUACGAUCAGCUUAAGUGAAAUUAUUCAUGAUGCUUUUUCCUAUACUGUAGCAUAAGAUGUAAAGUUUGUAAUUAAUGUUUGUUAAUUUCUGUGCAUUUUAAUAUUCUUUUAUAAUUAUGAGCAUUUUAAUAAAUUUGUUUUUUCAAACAA